UCAGGAAUUCCGGAGUUGAUCCUGGGUUUCGCUGGAAGACGUCGGCGGCAAGUUUAGCACCGCCGUUGGAAGAAGAGGAGGGUGCCGGAGGGCUAGGAGCGGUUGUAAGGCAACAGGAAAGCGGUGAGGGAGGCACUGUUGAUCUUGGCAGGAAGAAGAUUCGGUGAUGCACAGAUCUGGAACUCACAGAUAUGAAGAAAGCUUUUCUUGUCACGAUGGCAGUGAGGGGAGUGGCAGUGAUGAGUCGCUGGGGAGAACUUGCAGAUCGGUGAUGGUAGCGAUGAUGCACAGAUCUGGAAGGAAGAAUAUUGCAGAUCUGUGCUGACGUUCUGCGACAGGGAGAGGAGAGCGAUCGUGCGACUUGUCGUCCGAGCGAAUAGGGAGAGGAGCCACCGGGUAGAUCAGCGAGGAAAAGGAAUCGCUCUUGCCGGGCAGCAACAAAGAGGAAGGGCAAUCGCCGGGGCAGAUCAACGAAGAAGAGGAAACGUUGCCGUCGGUCGCGGGGCCAGGGGCAGAUCAGCGACUUCCCUGUGUUGGGUUGUUCGGCCCAUCGGCAUAUCAUUUGUCGCUGUUUUUACCCGUUUCCCGUCACCGUCUUAUGAAUGGCCGAGGACGACUGACCCUUUGCGGGGCCACAUAUGAUCCAAUCUCACUCCAGGAAAAGUCUCCUUGGAUCGUUUCUCUCUCUCUCUUCUUCCGCGGUCGUGGCACCACUCGCAACGUGCAGUAGAACUCUCGCGAAAAGGAUUGCUAAUUAUUGUUAUUAGUAAUUAUUUUACCGUUUUGUUGGCGGUUUCCGUGGUUUUGAAUGCAUUUUAAUAAUUAUCUGGUCAGUCAGCCGCGGUCGCCUUUAGCAAUCCCCAAACAAAUAUUAAAUCGACGAAACAAAAUAGGGAAGUCGCUGCUGCUUCCGCUGCUACUUUUCGCCUUUUCUUCGCAGCGAUUUUUAUAGGUUGCCUCUUCGAUCACUUUUCUCAUCCAUUCGCUCCGCCCGCCUCCCUCCUCCCGUUUUGUGGUGGCUUGAGAGAUCAGACCCCAAGAAACCCUAGUAGCUUCGGAGUCGAGAACCCUAGAUCAUGAAGGGCAAGAAGCAAUUGAGGCAGCUCAAGCUCGACGUUACGGUGCAGGAAGCCCCGGUCGACAAGUUCCUGACCGCGAGUGGCACCUUCACAGAUGGCGAUCUGCGGCUGAAUCAGAGAGGGCUCCGGUUGAUCUCCGAAGAAACUCAAUCUAGUCGGCCACCAGAUUCUGAAGACCUGGAGUUCUCGAGGGAAGACCUUGAGGUCAUUAAAGUUAUUGGAAAGGGAAGUGGAGGUAUUGUUCAACUUGUGCGGCACAAGUGGCAUGGAACAUUUUAUGCCCUAAAGGGAAUUCAGAUGUGUAUUCAGGAGACAGUUCGUAAACAAAUUGUGCAAGAACUUAAAAUAAAUAAAGCCUCACAGUGCUCACACGUUGUUGUUUGUUACCAUUCUUUCUACCACAAUGGUGUUAUUUCUCUGGUGCUUGAGUACAUGGAUCGUGGAUCACUUGCAGAUAUUAUAAAGCAAGUCAAAACAAUUCUUGAGCCAUAUCUAGCAGUUGUCUGCAUGCAGGUUCUGAAGGGUUUAGUAUAUCUACACCAUGAAAGGCAUGUAAUUCAUAGAGAUAUAAAGCCAUCAAACUUGUUGGUAAAUCACAAAGGCGAAGUAAAGAUAACUGAUUUUGGAGUAAGUGCGGUGCUUGCCAGCUCCAUGGGCCAGCGAGAUACGUUUGUUGGCACCUAUAAUUAUAUGGCGCCUGAACGAAUCAGUGGAAGUUCAUAUGACUAUAAAAGUGAUAUUUGGAGUUUGGGCUUGGUAAUACUCGAGUGUGCAAUUGGCCAUUUUCCUUAUACAUCAACAGAACAGGAAGAAAGUUUGAGCUUUUAUGAACUUCUAGAGGCUAUUGUGGAUCAACCACCACCUUUUGCUCCACCAGAUCAAUUCUCCCCAGAGUUCUGUUCAUUCAUAUCAGCUAGCAUACAGAAGGAUCCUAAACAGCGGUUGUCAUCAUUGGAGCUUCUGUCUCAUCCAUUCAUCAAAAAAUUUGAGGACAAGGAUAUUGAUCUGGCGAUCCUUGUUGGCAGCUUAGAUCCUCCUGUAAAUUUAUCCGAGUGAUGUUUGGUUCUGUUAUGAUUCCUGCUGUAUCCGUACAAUCACAAUUUGGGUUCGAGGUCUUGCAACCCGAGUCUGGGGCCUUGCAGCUAAUUGACUUUCCUGCUUUAAUCAUGGUAUAAUUUGGCUGGCUGAGUUGCACAUGAAGAAUAUAUGUGAGUUGCCACUUGUGUACCUUCCGCUUUGAAGGUGCUAUCUAAACCCAUGCUAGGUAUCUGAAUCGUACCCAGUACCAUUGAGACUCGAGAUUCAUUGCCGAUCCAUAAAUUUGAAUUUUCUGGUCCAUGGCUGAUGAGUUGUGCAAGAGGCCAAUGGAUCUUGUCAUGCAGAGAUGAAACUUUCAUUUAGCAGCUGUUUUCUUAUUUAUCCUGGGUAAUGUACUAGACUUAUACCGUUGAGAACUCAGUGGAACAAACUCAUUGACAUUUA